AUGCGAGUUAGGAUCAGAGCCCCAAAUGGUGUCCAUACCAUUACUCUUGAAGAUGUCGCCAAUGUUGGCAAUCUAAUAGAUGCGAUCCGGGAGAAGACUUCGAUAAAGGGCGGCAUCGCGGUCAAGCAUGGCUUCCCUCCAAAGCCCUUGGAUCUCAAUUCUUAUAGCAGAGGAAUGCUUCUCAUCGACCUUCCUGUUACUGUGAAUGGUGAACAGUUGAUAGUCUCGGAAACGGAGUCGCCCUUGAGUACAGAACCUAGUGUGGUCAAGACCUCAAUUGGGCCGAGCAGUGGCCCUCUCAGCAACAGUCAAGGGACUUUGCUCAAUCAACAUGAACGAGAUUUGUCGUUCCCGAGCGACCCCCCAAACCCAUUCAAGGGUUGGUUCGGCCCUGGUGGGUCCUCAUCCGAUUCCAAGGCUGCCAAAACUUUCAAAGGUCAAGAACCAAUUGUGCAAGUGGAGGGUAUGCCUGGUUGGAGCUGUACUAUGCGUGUGAUGGAAGAUGAUAACUCUUGCAUGUUCCGUGCUGUCAAUUAUGUUUGUGCUAGGGGUUUGGAUAUGAUGUCAGAGCUCAGAGGGGUUGUAGCCUCAGUAAUCCAAGCAGAUGCGGAUCUACCAGAGACCGAGCAACGGUUUACUCAUGUCGUACUCGGAACAUCGAGAGACAAGUACUGCGAAAAGAUAGCUGACCCUAAUAUCUGGGGAGGGUACAUCGAUCUUACAAUCCUAUCAGAAUACUUCGCCACUACCAUAUACUCGAUAUCUGUUGAUGAUGGCAGCGUCGUGACCUACAACGAGGGACAGCCAACAUUCGCGAUUGUGAUCUAUUCUGGAAUUCACUACGACUGUGUCGCCCUCACUCAGGUAACCAACGAUCCUGACGACGAUACCACUGUUUUCGAUAAAGUCAACACUACCAUGAUUCUAGGAGCCGCAGAGAAGCUUUGUCGCAUCUUGAAAAGCCGCAACUACGCUACAAACCUAAGCAAGUUUAGUAUCAAGUGUGUGGAUUGCGGAACUUUAUUGACGGGGACGAGGCAAGCUCAAGAGCAUGGUGCUACGACCGGACACUAUAACUUUACGGAGUAUACCGCCACGUAG